AGCCGUUAAAGCGGUAUUCACACUUCGGCGCGUCGAUACGCGACCAACCGAGCGCGCGGAGGACAGUGUCGAGCUGUCUCGCACUGUGCGCGAGUUGAUCCGCUGUACACAGUGGCGCGAAGUGAGCCGAAUUCUUAAGUCGCAAUCCUGCUGUGUGUGUGACUUGAUUUUUUCACUCUGUGCACUCUGACUCGUUUCCGAAUCGUCCGGUUCUGAGGGCAUUAACGGUGCCGUCGAGACAAUUCCACCUGCGCCGUGACGCAAGUUGACGCAUUGAGAGAGAGAAAGAGUCGAGAUAAACACGUGUGCGGUCCGACACCGUCAGUGGGCGAAGUGAACGGCGAUGUAAGGAUGUUACGGCGAUCGAUGUCUGUCAGACAAGGAUCGUGCCAAGCAUGCCUCGCGAGCUUCCGGGAGCAGGCUAUCAUCCGUAUUUGGAAGUCCUGCGAGGCACCUCGAAAUUCCCAUCAAAUUCUAGCUGGCCGGACACCAGGGCACCAGUGUCUAGGGUACAGAAAGGAGUGUAAAGAAGAAGAACGGCGAUGCGCCGCGCAAACGUACAUGGAGCAACACCGAUUGCGUCGACGCCUGGCGUGUUUGUCGCAACAGGGAUGUAUGCCGAGGCUGAGGGUUGUUCGCCGAUGCGAGCUCGAUAGGGUGGCUCGCAAUGACGUAACAAAGCGCGCGUUUUGCCCGGGAAGCAUGUUGCGACAAGAAGUAGAACUACCCCUGACAGUUCGGUUAGAUGUAACAAGACUCGCCUCAAUCCCUUUGCUUAAUGCGUCGCCCCAAGCGCCGACGGGGAUGAAAACAUCGAAACGCUUUCGGAGCCGCAUCACCUCCACGGAACAGGAGUUCAUAUGUGUCCGCAGCGACAUUAAAUGCACGACUUUUAUUAUUCUGAAGAGCAGCAGACAGCCGGACUUUUAGCCUCCCGCGUUUUGUUACUUAAACAUCUCAUAUAUUUUAAGUUACAUCAACCCAAUGGAUAAGUUUAAAAAUGCAGUAAUCGGUUUGUUAAGUGACAUAUCAAUGCAAAAAUCACGUGCUUAUUGGCUCCCAAAGAAAAUGUAUGAAUCGCGAAAACCAGGCAGUUCUGAUAAAUUGAGAUGCAAGGACAGUUAAGCUUGCAGGUUUUCGGUCGCCUCCACAUAUCAGGACUUCAUAUCCGAGCAAGAUUUUUCCCGAUUGAUAGAGGGUGUAUUAUAGUGAUAACUCCGCUUCCAUGGUAAUCGAUACUCCCCUGAUAUCUUUACUUAUGUACAAUCGGAAACUACAAUCGUGAUAAAAACGGCCAAGACACGCGACGACACUUCGUAAAAUUGUAUCGUGCGAAUCGACGAGUAUUAACCGUCACAAAUGUUUAAAUAAUAUUGAUUAAUAAAAUUUAUACGUAAUAUGUCACG